AUGCAGGCAUCUCAGUAUAUAAGGCAAUUAUCUAUAAAACUAAAACAAUAUCUAAAACAAUGUGAGGAAAGGGAGAAGUUUGACCCUGAGCAGGCCAGACAGGUGGUGUUGGACAAUCUAGUACCAAUAUCUACCGCAGCACUAAAAAGCGAAAAAGCCUCUCUCCCAGUCCCACCAUCAGAUGUUAUUGCUGUAGAAGAUCCGUAUAUAUACGUAUUGAUUGUGGAAUACCUGUGCGGCCAGAAUGACGUAGAUACUGCUCGCAUUUUAUUAGAAGAGUUUAGCGAGAUGUACCCUGUUGAGAGUCCAAAAGAAGCUGUAAGUAUCCCUCAAAUAUACAAUCCAUGGAUGGAUGAGCUGGGUGCCAUUGCACCAUGUGUCAUUACAAAGAAGUCUCUAAAAUACAAGCAUAUAACAGACAUAAAGAAAAAAUGUAAACAAAUAAUUAACUCGCAUAGAGAAGUAGAAGCACCGAUAGAUCCAAUUACAAAGCUCUACACAAUUGUGGAGGGUGCAUUGAAAGAAAUGAAUAAGUGGAGUACCUGGAAUGCCCAGAAAAAGGAUAUUUAUCAGCAGUCCAUUAUUGAGAUUAAAAAGUGGUUCAUAGAAGAGAACGGAACCAUUCUGUACUUUGAUGGGCAGGUAGGCCAUGUAUACUCAAAACAGACAGUGCAGUAUGAAGAAAUAAAAAGCAUACUAAGCCUGCUGGUCAUUCCCACACAUCAUAGUGAGGUUAAAAGAUUGGUUCAUGCAAAAAGGACAAUGCCAACAAAGAAUGCAAUAACCUUAGAAACAUUCUACUACAUUGGUAAAAAAAUGGAGAUGAUAAAUGUAACUCCGUAUGAUACUGAAAUAGAGGUUGAGUCGGCAGUUCCAUACAUUCUUUCUUUCCACUCGACGUUUUUCUGCCCAAUUCUUCGAACUGAGUGCUCUUUUGAUAACACGCCAUGCGUUCUUACCUGUGGCCACAUAAUAAGUGUGAAGGCAGUUGAGAAGAUUGCUUCAUUCAAAGGAGUAAUUUUUAAGUGCCCGUACUGCCCAAAGGAUGUAAAUGUUAAAGAUGUUUUUAAGAUAAAAAUGAUAAUAUAGGUGCAAUAAAUCUGCUAUUCCAUAUUAUUUGUAAAUAAUUUUUAAAUGCAACAAGUGCAGUAACCC